AUGUCAGGGGAUAAUGUGCGAUCAACAGGACCUGUCCGUGGAAGGUCAUCAGCUCGCCUCCCCCUGCUGAGAGCCAUGGACUCUUCCAGAGAGACCAGAGUAGGAGGCCUGCAGAGCAGCGACUACAGUGAGGCCGAGGUUCUCCCUGACUCCUUUCCAUCAGCACCAGCGGAGCCUCUCCCAGAAUUCCUGCUUGAACCGGAGGAUGCUUUCAUCGUAAAGAACCGGCCGGUCCAGCUACGCUGCCGGGCGUCACCAGCCACCCAGAUCUACUUCAAAUGCAAUGGAGAAUGGGUCAAUCAAAAUGACCACGUAACCAGAGAGAGCCUGGACCAGAUCACAGGUCUGGUUUUGAGGGAGGUGGAGAUCUCAGUGUCAAGGACCCAGGUGGAGGAGCUGUUUGGGUUGGAGGACUAUUGGUGCCAGUGUGUAGCCUGGAGCUCGGCUGGUACCACCAAGAGCAACCGCGCCUAUGUCCGCAUUGCAUACCUGAGGAAGAACUUUGAGCAGGAGCCACUGGGACGAGAGGUGCGACUCGAGCAGGAGGUGCUACUGCAGUGUCGCCCCCCAGAGGGCAUGCCCGCUGCUGAGGUGGACUGGCUAAAGAACGAGGACGUGAUAGAUCCAUCGCAGGACUCUAACUUUCUGAUCACUAUUGAUCACGAUCUGAUAAUCAAACAGGCCAGGCUCUCAGACACUGCUAACUACACCUGUGUGGCUCGUAAUGUGGUGGCCAAGAGGCGUAGCAGCACAGCUACUCUCAUUGUUUACGUGAGCGGAGGUUGGUCUUCAUGGACUGAAUGGUCGGAGUGUAAUGCUCGGUGUGGGCGUGGCUGGCAGCGACGAACACGUAGCUGCACCAAUCCUGCCCCUCUUAAUGGAGGAGCGUUUUGUGAAGGCCCACCCUUUCAGAGAGUGACCUGCACCACACUGUGCCCAGUGGAUGGAGGCUGGACAGAGUGGGCAAAGUGGUCUGCCUGUGGGACAGAAUGCACCCACUGGCGCAGCCGCGAGUGCCAGGCCCCCCCACCCAGGAACGGAGGAAAGCACUGCAGUGGCAGCAUGAUGGAAAGUAAAAACUGUACUGAGGGGCUGUGUGCACGCAAUAAAAAGAUUUCUAUUGAACAUGCAAGCCAUCCACUAGCUCCAGGUAUGGGUGUAGCAGUCUACGCUGGUCUGGUGGGGGCCUUGCUGCUGUGUGUGAUACUGGUGCUGUGUGUGGGUGUGCUCGCAUAUCGCCGGAGGUGCCGCCAUCUCCACGGAGACAUCACUGAUUCUUCAUCUGCUCUCACCGCCGCCUUCCACCCUGGCAACUACAAGCCUCCUAGACAGGAUAACCCACACCCUCUGAAUCCCUCAGCUCCUCCAGAUCUCACAGCCACAGCGGGGGCCUUCCGCGGCCCGCUCUUCUCCCUGCAGCAGGGUGUCAAUGACAGUCCCCACAAAAUUCCCAUGACCACCUCUCCCCUGCUGGACCCCCUGCCCAGUCUCAAAAUCAAGGUGUACAACUCCUCCACUCUUUCCUCUUUGGAGCUCCCCGCUGACAUUUGCAUGGGUGAUGGGGAGAUCCUCAGCCUGAAGUCAGUGGGUACUGUAGGGAGAGAGCGAGAAUACCACAGCCACACCCUGUCCAGAGAGCCUGGGCUGAGCACCAGCGCCACCCUGGGAAAUCUGGGAGGACGCCUCACUAUCCCAAACACAGGUGUGAGUCUGCUGAUCCCACCUGGCACCAUCCCCCAGGGGAAGUUCUAUGAGAUGUACCUCAUUAUCAACAAGUGGGACAAAACAACGCUACCCUCUGAGGGCAGUCAGACUGUGCUAAGUCCUGUGGUGAGCUGUGGUCCAUCUGGCAUGCUGCUGAAUCGUCCUGUGGUCCUUACUUUGCCACACUGUGCCCAGCUAGACACUCCUACACCUGACUGGACACUCACACUCAAGACACAGACCCAUCAGGGGGCGUGGGAGGAGGUGCUGACAGUGGGUGAAGAGACAUUGUCGUCUCCAUGCUACCUGCAGCUGGAGGAAGAGUGUUGUCAUGUUCUCAUGGAGCAGCUGGGAACGUAUGGCCUGGUGGGCCAGUCCUGCCCUCCACAACCUGCCUGCAAGCGCCUGCAGCUGGCAUUGUUUGCCCCCCGAGCACCCUGCCUCUCCCUGGACUACAGCCUCCGUAUUUACUGCAUCCACGACACCCCACAUGCACUCAAGGAGGUGUUGGAUUUGGAAAGGAGUCUAGGUGGAGUGUUGCUGGAGGACCCCAAGCCACUUCUCUUCAAAGACAGCUACCACAACCUGCGCCUGUCCAUCCACGACAUUCCUCACACUCACUGGAGAAGCAAAUUGUUGGCGAAGUACCAGGAGAUCCCGUUCUAUCACAUUUGGAGCGGCAGUCAGCGGCCCCUACACUGCACCUUCAGCCUAGAGAGAGGCAGCCUGGCUGUGUCCCAGCUCACCUGUAAGAUCUGUGUCCGACAGGUGGAAGGAGAGGGACAGAUAUUCCAGCUUCACACAGACAUCCAGGAGACUCUACCACCACACUCGCCCCUCCCCUCAGGAGGCACCUGCCUGCCUUCAUCUCAAGUGGGACCUUAUGCCUUUCGCUUGCCUGACUCCAUCCGCCAGAAGAUUUGUGCGAGUUUGGAUGCACCCAGCGCUCGUGGGUGUGACUGGAGACUACUGGCCCGCAGUCUAGGCUUUGAUAGGUACUUGAACUACUUUGCAACAAAGCCCAGCCCCACAGGUGUUCUACUGGACUUAUGGGAAGCUUGUCACCAAGGUGACGCAGACCUGGUCUCUCUGGCGACCGCGCUGGAAGAGAUGGGCAAAAGCGAAGUGCUAGUUGUCAUGACAACAGAUGGUGAUUGUUGA